UCUCAUCCUUAUUAAGCAGUAACUUCCUGCACGUGCUUCAUUUUCCAGGAAUUCCUUCCUUCUUUGCGUUCUCCUCCCUUGACGAUUUCUCCUCGUCAGACGUGCAUACAAAGGUGUGGUUCUGAGGUACUAGUUAUUCAUAGAUAGAGGAAAGAGCCUCAGAGCCACUCAAACACAUACAGAGGGUGGACAAACUGUACCUUACAUAGACUGACCACUACAAGGUUGGCACUUGUUUAUAGCAACCUUUCUUAUUGAAAGAUACAAAGAGAUUUUCAAAAUACUGGAACUUGACAAAACGUGUAUAAAUAUUUAGUGACCACUGGAGACAGAGCAAUAGGCCAACAAGCAAUUAACACAGAAGGACUACGGCAGAUACAACUGAAUUCAGGACCAUUUCUUUAAGGCAAGAGUCCACGAUGUGCACCAGUGCUGUGUGGCACACCCAGGGGACACUGGGUCCCUCCGGUUACACUGAGGCUGCCGAGAGCCCUGACGAUGGCCGACCUGAAUGCUCCAUCUGCUUCAGCAGCUAUGACAACGUCUUCAAGACGCCCAAGCUCCUGGACUGUACCCACACUUUCUGCCUAGAGUGCCUCGCACGUAUCCUAGCCGGGUCCGAGGAGUUUAAGAAACAGGUGAAGACACCGGGGGAAGGCGAUGCCCACAUCUCUUGCCCUCUCUGUCGCCACCCCACCACCGUGCCCAGGAGCGGCCCUCCAGCUCUGGUGACGAGCAGGGAAGUGCUGGGAAGCCUGCCGCAGCACCUCCAGCAGGAGGAGCCCGUGAGUAUGAUGGGGAGGAGGCUGUGCUACCUGAGCCCCAUGCGCCCUACCUGCAUCUGCAUCGACGUCGGGGAGAGCAAGCCAGAGGGAGAGGCAGCAGCCAGGCAGGAGGACAGGCGGAGGUAUCCCUCUGGCUGCUGGAGGUUGUGCACGAACUGGAGGCGACUUCUGCUCCUGGUCAUGUUCCUGGUGCUGCUCGUCGCUGUGGUAACGUGGCCACUCCAGUGCAUGAUCACCAAACACACUCUCGCCGGCUGCUUUAUAUGCAAUCGGACACCACCAACCACAGCCCCUCCGGACAGUGAGCCACUGCCUGGCAUUGGGUUCCCUCUGUGAGGUAGGUCAGAAACAUACACACACGUGCCAAAAGCACUGAGCCCUUGUGGACUGCAGUAUGACUUACCACAGGAUGCUCUGCCUCUACAUGAGCGUUCAGGAUUUUACACGUCACAUAUCACAAAGUCACCCUCACAUGGGCCCAGAUGUACUGUUUGUGAUGACAUUGUCAAAUCUGUCUGUAACCCUCAGUGUGUGAAGUCACAGAAGUCAUGUUGACUGCACCUGCUACCAGUAAUCUUCCGUCAGUGAACUAUUGGGUAAACAGCAUUUGUCUCGGAUUCACAAACCGUUUAUAUGUACUGAUUGAAUAUGUAUCGCUUUGAAUUGCUAUGCAGACUUGUUAUAGUUUUGUAAAGAUAAAUGUAUGCACAAGAACAAAACCAAGAAUAAAAAACCUUCUAAAUACCACUGUGCACAUGUUAUAUUGCCUCGACUGGAAACACUUUUACAGCUGAACCCAAAGGGCUGUCACGUGUUGAGUGAGUGUGGCAGAGUUUUUAUGUUUGUGUUUGUGUUUGUGUGCAUGUGAUAUAAAUAAUAAGUGGUGAUGUUUAUAUGAUGACGUGGUGAUGUGUAUACUCACAACAGCACUGAUGGCAUAACACAAAUUCAAAUAAAAAAUGAUGAAAGAUG